GAGAUCCAAUUUCAUACAUUUGACCUCGAGAUUUUCGCCAGAGAUUUCAAUUAUUUUACAUCGCAACCAACUUCCAAUAUAAUAUGUAUAUAUCUAUACAUAUUCACUUCCUCCAUGGCACGUGAUGGUUUUGAUUGUAAGUUAUGACCAACGGGCCCGAUCAUGUACAUUUUGUUCCACAUUUUUCCUUGUGAUAUUCUCUAUCACCAAGGCCCUACCUGUGAUCCUGCGGUCCAUGGAUCCACCUGAUCAGUGAUCAUCAUAGGCCCCAUCAGAUUUACAUAACGUUUUACAGUAGGAUGCUUAUAUAAAAAGAGGUGAAGCUGGAAUUUGACGCAAUCGCAAAGAAAGAAAAUGGCAGAAGGAAAUAUGGAGAAGAAGAAGGUGAUGGUGGCAGUAGAUGAGAGCGAGUUUAGCCACUACGCACUCGAAUGGGCCCUUGAUCAUUUGAAAGACACCUUAGUCAACUCUGAUCUUGUCAUCUUCACUGUUGUGCCCAAUACUAACUUCGGCUAUGUCUAUGCUUCCUCUUUUGGUUCUGCUCCUCCGGAAUUGAUUGCAUCUAUGCAAGAUAAUCAAGAGAAGAUUGCAAUAGCUCUGCUGGAGAAAGCUAAAAGCAUCUGUGCCAAACAUGGGAUUGUUGCAGGGACAUUGAAAGAGACUGGAGAUCCUAAAGAGGCAAUAUGUGCGGCAGUAGAAAAGCACAAUAUCCAACUUCUUGUAUUAGGCAGUCACAGCCGGGGUGCUAUACAGAGGGCUUUCCUUGGAAGUGUCAGCAACUACUGUGUUCACAAUGCAAAGUGCCCUGUUCUAGUUGUGAAGAAACCAGCCAUAUACCAGUUUGGAGAUUCAAUCUCUGAUACAGGCAACCUUAUUCUCGAAGGUCCUGUGGGAGCAGCAUCUUAUGCUGCUCGUCUUCCUUAUGGUGAAACAACCUUUCACAGGCCUACAGGCCGCUGCUCCAAUGGACUUCUCAUGAUCGAUUACCUUUCUACGGCUCUUCAGCUUUCUCUUCUCAACCCUUACCUGAAAAGAGGUGUUUCGUUUGAUCAUGGUGUCAACUUUGCAGUAGCGGGAAGUACAGCACUCAACAGUUCAUUCUUUACAGCAAGGGGAAUUCGAGCUCCGUCUUCUGAUAGUCCUCUAAGUCGUCAGCUUUAUUGGUUCAGAACACAUCUAAGCUCUGUUUGCCAUACAUCAGGAGACUGUGCAAGAAUUCUUAGGAGGGCUCUUUUCCUGGUGGGUGAAAUAGGAGGCAAUGACUACAACUAUGCAUUCUUCCAAGGGAAACCUAUCGAAGAAAUUCGGACAUAUGUGCCCUAUGUGGUCGGAGCAAUAGUUAAUGCUGUAAGAGAAGUGAUUCGCCUUGGUUCUGUAAGGAUUGUUGUUCCUGGAAACUUCCCUGUCGGAUGUUUUCCUAUAUAUCUCUCCUCAUUUCCUUCAACAAAUCCUUUAGCUUAUGAUGAUAAGGGUUGCCUGAGUGGACUAAAUGAAUUCGCGUCGUAUCAUAACAGUUAUCUUCAACAGUCUCUGGCCUUGCUCAGACAGGAAUUUCCUCAUGCAGUGAUCCUCUAUGGUGACUAUUAUACUGCCUUCCAAUCAGUUCUCCGUAACCCAUAUCUGAGAUUUGAUCAAACAGCCCUUUUGAGAGCUUGCUGUGGCACUGGAGGGUUAUAUAACUACGAUGGAAGUAGGAUGUGUGGGUCGCCUGGUGUGUUUGCUUGCCCUAAUCCGCAUCAACACAUUAGCUGGGACGGUGUGCAUUUGACACAGGAGGCCUAUCACCACAUGUCAGAGUUUCUCAUUAGCAGCAUUCUUUCUAAUAUCCAGUGCGGGGCUAGAGAUAAGUUCUAUUUUGCUUAUAAACUCAAGGCUGGGCUGGCUUGCUUCAACUUUGUCGAAAUGGAGAAAGAAAAAGAGAGGGGUGACAGGAAGGUAAUGGUGGUCAUAGACGAAAAAGAUUCCAGUUACCAUGCACUCAUGUGGGUUCUUGACAAUCUCAAAAGCUCGAUUGCCAACUCGCUGCUUGUGAUCUUUUGUGCACAGCCUACUCCUAUGAAUCACAGUGCAUAUGCUGCACAACUUGGCUUCUCUCGCAUUUACUUUCCAUUCUCACCCACCGGCGAUAUGAUUAGAACCGUUCAAGAACGAAAUAAGAAGGUCUCUCUGGGUCUCAUGGAGAAAGCUAAGAACAUCUGUGCCAGUCGAGGGGUAAAAGUGGAGACAAUUACAGAAGCUGGGGAACCCGGAGAGCUGAUAUGCAAUGCUGUUAAAAACUACGGAAUUGAUCUACUUGUUCUGGGUAACGAUGAAAGUGGAGCUUUAAAAAGGGCUUUUGUGGGAAGUGUAAGCAAUUAUUGCCUGAAUAAUGCAAAGUGCCCUGUUCUCGUUGUGAAGAAACCAGAAUGAAAGAGAGGAUUAAAC